AGUCCUUCCUCACCCUUUAUAUAAUAAUUUCCAUUACUCUAUACCAAUUAUUAUAACUCAAAAUCUAUUUUGCAGACUCCAUAUAUAGUUGAAAGCAAACAAGAGAUAUCUCAAAUAUGAAGGUAAUAUUUUUUGUAUUGUUCAUACUGAUCAUCUCAAAUGCUCAAUCCAUUAUUUCAAAUGAAGAGGAAGGCAGAAGCAUAAUCCAGAUUAACGAAGAAGCACAUGAGUUUAAUGGAAAUUUAUAUGGAAAUGGUAACAUAGAAGUCUCCACAAGGUUGAACAGCAAAAAUGUGAUUGUAGCGAGUAAAAAUGAACAUGAACAUAAACAUGAACUUUCUGAUGCCAUAAGUUUUUCGACGGGAGGAGGUGGAAGGGGAGGAGGUGCAAGUGAAGGAGGUGGAAUGGGAGGGGGAGGAGGAGUGGCAGGUGGAGCGGCCGGUGGAAUUAUCGGCGGUGGAAUUGUAGGCGGCACAGUUGCCAAUGGCGGUCACAAUGGUGGGCACAAUGGUACUCAUAAUUCUGCAACAACAUUAUCUGCAGUGCCUCAUUUUUGUGUCUCAACAUUGAUUUUAUGUAUGAGCUUUUGGCUUUAGACCUAGGAAACACGGAUAUGGACACAAACACGACACGUGUUUGACACCAGAACACGUAUAAUCCGAGAAGUGUCUGAGCUUCAUAGCUUUAGACACAUUGUUUCACUUCCACUGUGGUCUACAUUAAUCCUCACUUUGUCUUUAUUGCUACUAAAUACUAUAUAUUUUGGCCACAAUUAGUCUCAUGUUUUCUUGUUGAUUAGUUUGUGUCGUCUGUAUUCUGUAAAUCUCAUCCAUAAAUAUCAUUUGGAAAUGUAGUAUGAAUAUA